CCUUCUUCCUUCCUGCAAUCGCGGCCCCGCUCUCCGUGGACAGAGCGUCCCGCCGUAUGAACUAGACCCGGCGUGCGCGCUACUGUAUGGGGGCAGCUCUCACCGGACCGAUGAACUUGAGUGAAACUGCGGCUGUGCUGGACGCGUUGUCUACGUUCCCGAUCGAGGUGGCGACGGAGAGCAUUGCGCUUACGCGGUGGUCGGUCGUUGCUGUGUAUUGCAUCGCGCUGUGCGAGUGGCUCCAUGCGUUGCCGAAGGAGGUCGAUCUGGUGAGUGGUGGUAUACCUUGGUAUAUGUGGUUCAGAGCAAGGGCUCAUACGAUGACGAAGAUCUGGCCCUCGCGGUGGAACUCCAUCAAGCUUGCCUACUUUCUGUGCCGGUACUACAGCGUCCUCACAUGGCCCAUCGUCAUCUACGCCUAUGUGCUCGACCACUCGAUACAAACCUGUUCCCGCCUGACGCACGCGGUGAACUACACCCUCCUGCCCAUGCAAUGCUUCGCCCACGCUGUGAUGCUGAUGCGCGCGUACGGCUUCACCGGCCGCAAUCGGAAAGCCCUCGUUCUGCUGUGCACCUGCCUCGCGGGGCUGAUCGGGGUGAAUGUGUGGUUCUUCUGCGUCGACGUGCCACAGCUCGCGGAUCUGGUGUACGAGGUGCUCGGCGGAACAGGCUGCUUUCCGGAUUACUCGGCCACGUCAGAUAAUCUGCGGAUAGGCUUGGAGAUGGCGGCCGCUGUAUUCAUGGAUUUGAUUUCCUUGCUGGUCAUCGUUCUCUAUCGGAUACAGAAAGGCCGGUUCCAAGGGUCGUUAAGCCGGGUAUUCGUGAAUCAAGGCCUGCUCGCGUUUGGGUGCAUGUUGGCUGUCAACGCGACAGCGUUGGGGUCGUACUACAAUCCAGAUCUGUACCACAAUGGGAUGGCCCUCCCCUACAUCCUCAUUCUCCCCAACGUCGUGGCUUGCCGGGUAAUUAUCUCCCUGCGCACCAAGGCAAGACCGAGCGAAACAGAGCUUGAUCGGCAACAUUCUGCUUUGAUCGAGGACGAACUCGCAAACUAUGAUGACUUUUGGACGACUCGGAUGGAUGAAGAUGGAUGACGACGCUAAAUAUCCAUGUCCACUUGCACCAUCAGACGCUAUGAAAAAGACGGACACGGCUUCCGGAAUUGCGUCGCCGCCAGACUUGGCCGCGGGAUAAAUACGGAC